UAUAUUUACGUUUAUAAGCUAACGUUCUAAUUUCCAGAAUCAUUAUUUACAAAUACAAGCAUAAUAAUAACAAAAACAGUAUUGCUACACCAGGUAAUUUUCGCAACUUCUGAUCUAUAACAUUAUCUGUUUAGCUACAAUGCAACUUGCUUUUAUCUUAUGUUUUGUGUUAUAAUAUGUAGAUAUUUGUUCCUAUAGGAAUAGAUUAAAUGUUACCCUUACAAACUUUCGAUUUUAACAAAAGGCCUAUAUGAAAUGCGUGCAAGUCAGAUGUCUUCUAACAAAAGAAAGACGGAUCAAGACCAAAUUGGUCACACGACAUGCCAUCCAUAUCUUUGUGCCAAAAAUAGUGAAAGAAACCUUAGGCGACGUAUCGCAUACAAAAAAAUGACACCUGAUAAAAAGGCAACACUUCUAGAGCGAUGCCGGACUGAAUAUGCUGCGAAAAAGUGUCGUCUUUCUGAAAUUUCUUCCGCCAAUCCUUCCGAUCAAAGUCAUUCUUCUUCCGAAUCUCAAAGGAUGAUUCCAGGACAAGCUGCUACCUUCCCAGAAUGGACACACCUUAACACAGGUGGGGUGCUGGAAUAUCAACCAGCUAUCCAGUUGUCCUUCCGUUCUAAAACGGGUUCCGAAUUGUAAAUUCUGCGGAGCUAGAAGAUUUAAAUAUGAAACUCCUAGCUUUUGUUGUAGUAAUAGUUCAGUAAAAUUAGUUUCACAACGCCUACCUUCUGAGUUAAAAAGCCUUUACUUUGGCGUGAACGAUGAAUCCAAUCAUUUCCAUACUUA